AUGGCGCCGAAUUGGGUUUGGUCGCUCGUGGCUGUGGCAGGAACAGCGACUGCAGCGGCUGUGGUCUAUAAGUAUGUGACCCGAGGAGCUCGCAGUGAUCGAGAGAGUGAGGCGCCUGCGGCUGUCGCGACCCGAGCGAGCGAAGACGUGGACUACGAGUGGCUUUCGUCCCAAGACGAAGGCGAGACGGAAGAGGCGGAUGCAGAGCAGCGCAAUGAGCAGCAAGUGCAGCACCAUGUGGCCGUGAACCGAGCGAGGAAUAUCCUGCUGGCGAUGUUUGGACUUUUGUUGAUGGUGUUAGUGACUACCGUGUCGCUUGUCAUCACAUGGAACAAUAGCAAUAGCGAAAACGGUCUUUCUUCGUUUGUUGAGCUGCCGCUUUUCGAGCCAUUGGCGUGGAUUGCCGUUGGUAUUAUCACUGCUGCUGGUACAGAACUCGUCACGCGGUCGAGGAGAGUGAGCGCAUAUAUGCCAAUCGUCGAAGAGAAAGCCGUAUUUCCACAUGACGCGAGAGACUUCGAGCUCAUUCGACGGCGUGAUGCACGUGAAGAAGUAUCGAAAGCUUCCAAGGAAAACAAUAAUGGGGACACGUCGCGCUCUGACCGUCGCGUCGUGCAUGGAGACGACGAAAACAAAAACAGUGCGUUCGAAGACGCUGCGACAAUUAUCGAGCGGGCAGACGAAUUGUUUGAGCAGGAGGAGCAUGCCAGGACGCGAGAGUAUCUGAAAGCCAAAUUGCUCGACUACCCCACAAGCGUUGAAAUGUUGUGGCGCCUGGCUCGUGCGGGCAAUUGCCUCGUUGAUGAAGCGACAAGUGCUGACGAGAAGAGGGUGCUAGCAUUUGAAAGCUUGGCUGCUGCAGAGAAAGCGUAUGCUCUCGAUUGUGACUCGGCAGCAUCCAAUAAGUGGAUGGCCAUUAUGACUAGCACGGUCGGCGGCUUCUGUGACUUGAAGGAGAGGAUAGCAGGGGCCUACGUCAUUUGGGAUCACAUUGAGCGAUCGAUCGAACUGGACCCGACUGAUGCAACUUGCCACAAUAUCCUCGGACAAUGGUGUCUUGCCUUUGCCGACAUGACUUGGGUUGAGAAGCGCGUUGCUGCUGCUUUGUUUUCCACACCACCGACUGCUACGUAUGAGGAAGCAGCACAGCACUUUCAAGCAGCUGAACGCAUCAGCCCUGGGUUCUGGAAGAAAAAUGUGUUUCUCCUUGCUCAGACCUACAUGAAGAUGAAGCGUACAGAAGAGGCAGAAAAAUGGCUGCGCAAGGCCGAAGACGUGCCGGUAAAGACGAAAGAGGAUGAGGAAGUAGCACGAGGCAUCGCCAGAUUGAUGAAGCAACUGAAGUUGAAGUGA